AUGUCCGCCCACGUCCAGUGCACCACGCACUUCCUCGCCACCGGUGACUACUGCCCUAUCUGCGAUUUGUAUAACAUUGAUAUUUUCCUCUUCAUGGCGAAUUGGGCGUGGGAUAGGCGGCCGAACAUUACGCUAUUCAAGGAGGACUCGAAGAUAUUCUGGUGGAAGAGGGGCAGGAAGAAUAAGUUGAAGAAUGUCAUCAUUGAGGGGCCGAAGGCGGGGAGGGAUCCGUGCUGGCAUUAG